CACUGUGUACCCAACACGGUUUAUCGUUCCGCGAUCGUAUCACCUACGAUCCUUUGGGCAUCGCUGUAAUCACUGAGUCCUGUCUCCCCGAAAAGCGCCGGCCAGUGUCGACUUAUGAAGAACGGAAAAAGCUUCCUAGCGAAGAAACCCAUCGACCGACCUACACGCAGUCAAUGCUCGAAAAGGUGAUCAGUUAUUGUGAAGCGAGAAUCAAAUCGCUCGAAAGCCGUAUCCGGUCAUCACAGAAAAAUGCAAAGACUUUGAAGAGCAAGGUUGUUGAAACAGUGUACCCUUGUGGCAGCAGAAAACAAGCAAGCGCAUACCGAAACUCACAAGGCUGCCAAAACUCCAUACAACGAUGCGCUCACAGCCUAUCAAUCGGAUGAAGACUUAUCUCUCCAACGAACGAGCUAGCAAGUAUAGCGCACGAAAAACUUUGCAAGAUAUUGACUCGGGAAAGAACAAGAAGAGAAAGAAGGGGAAAGCUAAAGAUGUGCCACCACCGUCCGAUACAUGUCCAACUGUGCGAAAGCCAGGGUGUGAGAAUUCAGCGGCACACAUGAAGCCCGACCAACUCCCUUCCGACAAGCUCUCAUUCGCUGGAACGGAUUAUGGCAUUGUGACUCUUGCCACGACUAUGGCUGUCGGACAAAAGCAACACGCGUUUCAUCUCAAGCUUUUCAACCACUAUGAAAUUCUGGAAGAAGAAAAGCCGGACCUAGAGAUUGACGACCAAGAGCGUGGAUACUUUGUUUUUGACAAGCCAUUUACCAUUUCCGCCGAUCACUUGGAUUGGAGGACUCGUUCAUUUGAAGCGAGAAAAAAGCGAGAGAUGAAGAAGAAAACGGUAAGGAUGAGUAUCGAUGGUUAUUGCAAGUAUCUAAUCAUCCAGGCCUUUUUUCCUUUUUUUUUUGGUGCACGAUCUGUAAGACAGACAAGGGGAAAGCUGCUGCGAAGAUGGAAAGAACGCUUGCGAAGCAUUCAAUGUCAAAUGCGUUAUCCGUUGCUAAAGUGCUUGAAAAUCACAAGGUACCACAUCAUACAAAUGCUGUAUUGAGACUUCUGCUUACUGACUUGGAUUUGUAUUAGAUGGCGCAAUCAGCGAGGGAUGAUUUGCGAGCAUUUUAUCACUCCUCCGCCGAACGCAAACUGAAGAGAUU